GGCAGGCGCCAUUACACCAUGAUCGCCGCCUUCUGCGCGAGUAUCGUAUCGCGAGCGUCAAGAGUUUGCCGCUCAGCUCGGUUUUCCGGUACUGUUAGGUUACAUCGGAUUACACAUUAUUCGAUCAAUUGCGCGGCUCGAUAGAUUUCUGUGGAUGUGUCGGGAAAACUAACAUUUCUGCCUUCAAGCAACGAUAAGUAAGGCCAGUAGCCAAGAAUACUUGACGAAGAAAUAUAGACUUAAAUUUAUUGUUGAUUAGAUCGCACAUCUUAUGCUUAUGAGUUCUCAACCAAGUGUCCCCAAACGCUUUGUCUAUAGACAAAAUUUGUCUCCAGACAAAAUGCCAAAGGUACGGGUGUUUGCGCGCUCCGUUAUAAAUGUUCGUCCAGCCAAUAUGACGUUGAAUUUGGAGUGCACAGAAGAGCCUCUGAGCGAAGCCCAGCAAACAUACAGAUCCAACCUCAAGGAGAACUAUGAUAAAGUUGCAACUUUUAUGGAAGAACUGGUUAAAGACCAUGGUGGUAAAAUGGUAUGCCAAUCGGGGAGCGUCAGUGGUUAUCAGUAUACGUUACCUACGACAGCAACGUCGACUCCAGGAGUAGUUUCGAACAAUCCUCAGAUUAAUUUAAAUGUGAAUCAACCAAACAAGACUUCAACACCAAUCAAGUUGAAUAUCAAUAACCCAAGUGGAUCUCAAGGAAAUAUCCAGCUAGUAGCUGCUAUUAACUCGCGUAUGGGAGUCAUUUUGGGACCUGUUACACAAACCCAAGGGACUACUACCACAACCACAUCUGUGGCUUCAACUGUGGCACAACCGCAACAAGAAAAUUAUAAGUACACCAGAUCUGGACGUAGGACAAAAGUUCUUCAAGUGCAACAACCUGAUAUUAUAGAAGAGCCUGCACCUACAGUUCGUGUGAAACCACCAAAGCCUGGACCAACGCAUGUGACAUCAAGUAAGGGCCCCUCAGCUACUACCACGUCUCAAGGUAUGACGAAUAUCAGGGUAAAGACUGUCGCUAAACAGACAGCGAAUCAACCAGCUGUUAAACCUACAGAACACACUAGUAUAGGUGGAAUAGCCAUCGGCAGCAAAAGUUCAGCCAGCGAACAAAUUGAGGAAGCCAAAAAGAACCAGCCUGAUAACAGAGAAUUCACAUUUAACAAAACAACUGGCGGCCGAACCUUCCCCUCUUUGGUAGUGGUAGCAAGACCAAAUUUAUGUAACAAAGAAGUUACAUCGCAAAUUUCACAAAAAGAAAGACAAUCAUUAGAUGCCAAAGUUAAGAACGUACUCAUGUUUUCUGCUACAAAAUUCGCCGAAUGGUUGAUACAACAGGGCCUGGUAAAAUCGGAACAAUACUGCUUGCAGCACAAUUUGAACUAUCAGAAACCUAAACUCAAGUUAGGAAUGUACAGCGAUCAGGGAACAUUUCCCUAUUCCGGUGGUUACGUCUGGAUAUCCAGUUGUUGUCCGGACAGAUUUGUCUCCGUCUUCUCCGGUUCUAUUUUCCAAGGAGCUCAUUACACACCCACAAUCUUGUUGAAAUUAAUUUACCACUGGGCUUGUCAAACUAACGUGCAAAAUGUAAUCUCCUGGGUGAAAGUAACCAAUAUAUACCUAAAAAAUUUUUAUACAAACCUGCGUAGCAUUUGCACAGCAGCAGUAUGGGAUAAAAGUCGUAAGAUGGGCGGUAAAAAUUCAGUAAUACAAGUCGGUGUGAUUAGUUUGGGCACCACAUCGCAAGAUGGACAUUUGCGACAGGUGAAAGUCGAGGUUCUCGGCGUUCUAGAUCCUUCCACACAUGACCUACGAUUGUGCGCCUGUGAACCAAUGCAAGAUGAGGAAAAAUCAUUUAAAAGGCGAUUUAAUAAUAUUCUACACCCUUUGAAAGAAUGGGUUCAUACAGACUCUAAAAUAAUGACCGACUUCACUGUCGACAAGAGCACCUUGCAUGAUAUGGGCUAUAACCAUGUCAUGCAGUCUGCAUUUUUAGACCAGAACCCUAGAAGUAUCAUGAGCAAUUACCAUAUCAUGGAAUACCUUAGAAAAAUCGUGCCAAGAAUGUUCCAGAACACUUUAAGUUUGCUUAGUAGACAAAUGAUACAACAAUUCUUGGACGAAUUAAUAUGGAGAGAGAUAUACGGCGGUACAGCGGAACGUGCGUUUGACAACAUUAUACGGCAUAUCGCGGAGCAAACUAAACUCGAUUCCAAUGAGUCUCUGCUAGAUCGCCUAUCGCAGAUAGCUGUUAAUCCAUUUCAAGAUUGGUCUUAUUCCAAUCCAAAUAAUACGUCAUCGAAAGAUUCAACUUCAGCAACUGAUACUCCGGUAUCAUCCCAGAAGACGUCCGAGACAAAACUAGGUUCGCGCCGAGGAAGAAAGCGAAUUCAUCCUUUGACAACUCCGGAACAUGAAAUAAAAAAACCAGCGAUUGAUCCUAAAAUUAAUAAAGAAAAAGGAGAUAAAAGCGAGAAAGAACCGAAAGAACAAAUUCAGCUCCAAGAGUUAUAUUAUGCUACGAUGGAAGGUGAUAAGAAUCUGAUCGUGAAAGAAUCCAAGACUUCUUUACAUUUCAAGUGUUUCCUCUGCACGACAAUAAUGAGAUCUAAUACCGAAGUGAUGGAGCAUAUGGUUAGUCAUGUACCACCGCAAGUACCGGGUCAAUCGGAAUUGUCAGUAUGCCGAUACUGUUGCACCCCGCUUUCGUCACAACAUCAAAUGCUCACUCAUGUGUCAGAAACACACAGCAAUUUUGGUAAUUCUGACAGCGUCAUGGUAGUUUGCGCUAUUUGCGAGGAGAAAUUUGGAAAAAGUAAGUCGUUGAUUGAUCAUUUGUCGUCGAUGCAUUCUCCUUCUGAGAUGCCGUAUCAAUGUGAAAGUUGCGGCUAUCGUACGUCCAGUCAUAAGGACGUCAUAGAUCAUUACUAUAAAGUCCAUGAAAAGGGUGAAGGAUUGCAGUGCCCGUAUUGUCUUAAAGUAAUACAUUUUGUGAACGAGGGCAGUCCGAGCGCAUCCAACGUUUACGCUUAUUUAUCGCACAUGCAAAGGCACAUCGUAAGAAGAGAUCAAGGAAAGGGCAACAAAUGUUCAAGAUGCUGUCUCUGGUUCAACCAGAAGAGUUUCCUAACAGUACACCAACGAAAGUUACACUGUGGUUCUGAUUCAAAAGCAGUACCAUAUUCUGCCGGCAACAGUGGUAUAAUGAUUUCGAAAGACAUACCGGAGACAAUACGGUUUUCUGUAGAUAGUCCACAACCCGAAUUACCACCAGAUGAAAAAAUACAAAAAUGGAGUACCGGAUCAAUUGUGGUAAACACCUCCGUCAGAUAUCUAUCCUGCCAGGAAUGUGAGGAAGAUAUUGACGAAGAUGAACAUUAUCCAGGUGAGCAACGAUGUCAACAGUGCCGUUACAUUACAUGUUGUUGGCGCGCAUUCCAAGAGCAUCAGCAACAAAUCCAUAAUGAAAGACCGAAGACCGGUCUGAUUGUGCCAUCUCCUUUAGUUAACAUCUCGCUAGACAAGAAACUGCAAUGCCCCUGCGGUUACACAUCGAUCGAUGGCAACCGAUUAGCGAUACACUUGAUGAAGUGUAAAAAAAUGUCAGCACAUCCUGUUGAAGAAUCGGCGCCAUCUGGUAUGCUCGAUAGUUUGGGAUUAGUUCCGAGAACCGCAUCUGAGGAAUCUGAUGCGCACGAAAAAUCCACUUCACACAAUUAGAUGCAAUAAAAACAAAAAAUGUAAUUGCUAUUGUGAUUAAUGACAUAGUUUUUUAUUUCUAUUUAUAUAUAUUUAUAUAAGUAGAAAUAAAAUUAUUAAUAUACAGUAUAUAAUCUUACGUUACUUAUGACUUUUUUUAACAAGAGCAAAUAUUAAAGCUUGAAUCUUUUCGGUUCUGUAGCAUCGAGAACAAAUUUGAUUUUAUAUAUCAAUAAAAAGUAGAAACAUAAUAUGCUACACAUUAAUUUUUAUUUUUUUGUUUUAAAAAUAUCAGAUAUUGAAAUAU